UUAACAAGCAUAAGCCAUGGAUUGAAACAACCUAUCAUGGUAUAGUUACAGAAAACGACAACACAGUGCUCCUGGACCCCCCUUUGAUAGCCCUGGACAAAGAUGCACCUCUGCGUUUUGCAGAGAGUUUUGAGGUGACAGUCACCAAAGAAGGUGAGAUUUGUGGAUUUAAAAUUCACGGGCAAAAUGUUCCCUUUGAAGCAGUGGUAGUGGAUAAAUCCACUGGGGAGGGAAUAAUACGCUCUAAAGAAAAGCUUGACUGUGAGCUACAGAAGGACUACACAUUCACCAUACAGGCCUAUGACUGUGGCAAGGGACCAGAUGGAGCAAAUGCAAAGAAAUCCCACAAAGCAACAGUACAUAUUCAGGUGAACGAUGUUAAUGAGUAUGCUCCUGUGUUCAAAGAGAAGUCCUACAAGGCAACAGUUAUUGAAGGGAAGAGGUACGACAACAUCCUCAAAGUGGAAGCAGUGGACGCAGACUGCUCACCUCAGUUCAGCCAGAUUUGCAGUUAUGAAAUUGUAACUCCAGAUGUACCUUUUGCUAUUGACAAAGACGGUUAUAUAAAAAACACAGAAAAGUUAAACUAUGGUAAAGAACAUCAGUAUAAACUGACAGUGACAGCAUAUGACUGUGGGAAGAAGAGAGCUGCUGAGGAUGUGUUGGUUAAAAUUAGCAUUAAGCCUACAUGCAAGCCUGGCUGGCAAGGCUGGAGCAAAAGAAUAGAAUAUGAGCCUGGUACUGGUGCAUUAGCUCUCUUCCCUGGUAUGCAUUUGGAGACAUGUGAUGAGCCAGUAACCUCAAUUCAAGCAACGGUUGAACUAGAAACUAACCAUAUUGGUAAAGGCUGUGACAGAGACACCUACUCUGAGAAAUCCAUUCACAGACUCUGUGGUGCUGCUUCUGGCACAGCUGAGCUUCUCCCACCUCCAAGCAGUGCUGCUAACUGGACAAUAGGGCUUCCUACAGAUAAUGGUCAUGACAGUGACCAAGUCUUUGAAUUCAAUGGCACACAAGCUGUGAAGAUUCCAGAUGGUGUUGUCACAGUCAAUCUAAAAGAGCCCUUCAUGAUUUCAGUAUGGAUGAGGCAUGGGCCUGGAACCAAAGAGAAAGAGACAAUUCUGUGUAAUUCAGACAAGACAGAUAUGAACCGGCACCACUACACGCUCUAUGUGCACAACUGCCGACUUGUUUUCCUCUUCCGCCAAGAUCCUUCGGAGGGAAAAACAUACAAACCUGCUGAAUUUCACUGGAAGCUGAAUCAGGUGUGUGACAAGGAAUGGCAUCAUUAUGUUGUCAGUGUGGAAUUUCCAGUGGUAACUCUCUAUGUGGAUGGGGUUUCCUAUGAUCCUUUCCCGGUGACUGAAGAUUACCCACUUCAUCCUUCAAAGAUAGAGACGCAGCUCGUAGUUGGAGCGUGUUGGCAAGAAUAUACAGGAAAUGAAAAUGACAAUGAAACUGUGCCUGAGACCUCUGCAGGUGGUGAACUCCGCAUGGCUCAGUUUUUCCGAGGCAAUCUGGCAGGUCUGAUGAUCCGUUCUGGUAAACUGGAGAACAAGAAGGUCAUAGAUUGCCUCUACACUUGCAAGGAGGGGCUGGAUUUGCAGAUGGCUGAUGGCAUUGGCAAAGGCGUGAAGAUCCACAUGAACCCAAGUCAGUCAACACUGACUGUGGAAGGGGAUGACAUUGACAGGGUUGACAAGGCCAUGCAGCACAUUUCCUAUCUGAAUUCCCGCCAGUUCCCAACACCUGGAAUUCGGAGGCUUAAAAUCACCAGUGUUGUCAAAUGUUUCAACGAAGACGCCUGUGUCUCCAUUCCUUCUGUGGAGGGAUACGUAAUGGUCUUGCAACCAGAGGAACCAAAAAUCAGCCUUAGUGGCAUCAACCAUUUUGCCCGCUCUGCUUCAGAGUUUGAGAGUUCUGAGGGUGUUGCCCUCUUUCCUGAGCUUCGCAUAAUAAGCACCAUUACACGGGAGGUGGAGCCAGAGGGAGAUGGAGAUGAAGAUCCUACAGUACAAGAGUCAUUGGUAUCUGAAGAGAUCAUGCAUAACCUGGAUACGUGUGAGGUGACAGUGCUAGGAGAGGAACUGAAUCAGGAACAGGAAAGCCUGGAGAUCGAUAUGACACGAUUGCAGCAGAAGGGCAUCGAGAUGAGCAGUUCUAACCUGGGCAUGAUAAUCACAGGGGUUGAUACGAUGGCUAGUUAUGAAGAAGUUUUGCACUUGGUACACUACAGAAACUGGCACACUGCUUCCCUCUUCGACAGGAAGUUCAAGUUAGUCUGUUCUGAGCUUAAUGGUCGCUAUGUCAGCAACGAGUUUAAAGUGGAGGUGAACGUCAUCCACACCGCUAACCCAGUUGAACACGCCAAUCACAUAGCUGCACAACCACAGUUUGUGCAUCCGGUGCACCACACGUUUGUUGAUCUCUCUGGUCACAACCUGGCUAAUCCUCACCCGUUUUCAGUCGUUCCAAGUACAGCCACUGUUGUGAUUGUGGUUUGUGUCAGCUUCCUGGUUUUCAUGAUUAUCCUGGGGGUGUUCCGAAUCCGAGCCGCACAUCAGAGAACGAUGCGUGACCAGGACACUGGAAAGGAGAAUGAGAUGGACUGGGAUGACUCUGCUUUGACCAUCACUGUGAACCCCAUGGAGACUUACGAGGAUCAACACAGCAGCGAAGAGGAGGAGGAGGAAGAGGAGGAAGAAAGUGAAGAUGGAGAAGAAGAUGACAUCACUAGUGCAGAGUCUGAAAGCAGCGAGGAGGAAGAGGGAGAGCAGGAGGAGGACCAACAGAAUGUUAAUAGACAGCAACAGCUGGAAUGGGAUGACUCUACCCUCAGUUACUGAAUCUAGCUGUUCCCUUUGUCUUUGUGUUUCUGCUCUAGAAGACUCCACUGUAACACACUCCAUUGUUACCAAGGAUUCAUGGUGUUUAAACAAAACAAAAUCCAUUCUGGCCAGUAGAUUCGAGCCCCACACAUCCCAGUGUUUGUGUUCUGUCCGCUAGUUCCUGAUGCUGUUCCUAGAGCCGUAGUUAGCCCCUCUCCUCCUUCAGCCAUGCCUCAGUGACUGGAUUUGUUUUUACGCUAUGUGAGGAACCACCUUGCACUUUUUUCUUCAUGUCAUCUCAGCUGGGUGACUCGACAGGUCUGUAGCCAUUGCACAUGAAUUUCUGAACUGUCUUUUUUUUGCUCAGUGAAACGAACUUGGCUUUGUUCCUAUUUUCUCUUUCUAAAAGAUGCAAAGAUUGCUUGUUGACAAAGGGUAAAGCUGCUCAUUUCAGCCUGUUGAUUUCUUUUCUUUCCCCCAAAUUAGUGCAUGUGUAAAGUGGCAGAAUGAGGAUAAUAUGUAGAAGAUUAACAGACUUUUUAAUAUUUUGUAAAUAUCUUGGACUUAUGUAAUUAUGUCAUUUGUGGUAGUGAAAACAGGGAUUUGGGGUUUCAAACAUGCUCAAGUAAAGCAAUCAUGCAGCAUGAAAUAUUACAAGUCUUGUACUACUGCAGCAGGAGCACGGGCACCGUGAUCUAGUGUAGAUGUUUCAGUAAUACAGUGUCAUUGGCCUUGACUGCCAUGUUCGCUCAUGCCCCGCUCUGGUCUUUCUUUGGUUUUUCUUUCCUUUUCUUUAAUCUCCUUUAUUUUUGCAGAGGGAACAGACAAGCUGGUGAGAAACUGUAAAAAGGCUUCAGCAACCUCUGCAGAGGCUCAGCUGCCCUGUGCAAUACAGUUCAGUUUUCCUUUUCUUUCUUCUCCAGUUAACUCUUGGCACGAGGGUGUUUAAGUUAUUGGGGUAAAAACACUACUUGGAUGGUGGCAAAGCAGCGUGUGGUUGCUGUGGUGGGUGGCCACAGCUCCUGUUCAUCACAGUGAGGCUGUCUGUAGUACCAAGAUGGUCUGUCUGUACUGCGGGCAGGGGGUUAGGUGUUUAGUUAUGGAUGUGUUGGCACCUGAAGGUGGGAAGCCUGAGACCUGUGUGCCUGUGCGCCGUGGCUGUGUCUGCACAGCUCGGUGUGCUGGCUGCCUGCGUUGGGGCAUAGCUGAUACCACUCGGUUAAACACGCUCCUGCUCAUUCCCUGUAGCCCCUUGUACAGUAACUUGGACUGUUGGUGUGUUAAGCCUUUGUUUACACUUAGUAAUUGUGUUUUCCUGCUGGUGAAAAACUAUAGCAUAAAUUAUCCAACCAGAAAAACCUUGGGAAUCAUGUUAACACUAUUCCAAGUGCAGAUGAUUUUGGUUGUUUCUGAUCAAAGUUCUAACUUGGAAUUGCAAAGGACUUUUCUAAAGAACUAGCUGAAAGGUACGAAAAGGAGGUUGUGGCCCCAUGGUGGAGAGUGCUGGUGGUUUUUGCAAGGCAGGGCUUGUUUCUUUAACUUUAUUUGGUCUUAUGCAGAGCCUUGAAUAACAAAUAUCUGCUUAUUUGAUUUUUACAUUUGGAGGUGGAUUAAAAAGAGUAACUUGUUUUGCUUGUGACAGGGGACUAGGACUCCACUCGCUCCUCAGCACGGUAAGCAACAUUCCAGUUCUUGCUCUUGUCUGUAGUCUGCCUCUGUCUGUGGUGCGCAGCCCAUGUCUCUCAGCAGGCCAGGCAGGGCCGUUGUGCUGGAGGAGCAACAACAAGCCAAAGGGUGGGGUACAGAGGGUCAUAAAGGCUAAGGAUGGAUCCAGAUCCAUAGUUCUGAUGUUCAGAGCAGACCUACUCUCACCUAGCGCUGUGCGAUGGGAUCUACCAGUGGGUUUUAGCUGGGGUAACGCUUGACUGCGGAGUGCCUUUUCCAAUAGUAGGUGGACCUGGAAGCAGGGAGGAGAACCCACACCAGGAGCUUACUGGGUUUGGGGGUUGGUUUUGUUUUGUUUGGUUUUUUUUUAAUGUAAAAUUUUAGAUUUCUAAAAUGGGGAAAUGGUUUUGACUACUUACGUGGUAAUAUAACUGCUAGUUUUAAGUAAACUGGGAAACUUUUAACUUAUGUCUGACAGUUGUCCUGUGUUAAUGUGUAGAAGACUUAUCCUUCCAUAUACUGUUGCUGUAGCUGCUGUAUUUUAGACCAAAACUGAUCAUGACUUAAUGGUAAUGCUGAAAGGUUGUAAACGUCCGGAUGCAGUUUGUAGCCACUGUGGGUAUAACUUUUCAGAUGUGUAUAUUGGUAACAGGUCAGUUUGGAAAGUCUAUAAGCUACAAUAAAUUUCUGGUUCUAAA